UUUUGUUCAUUUCCCCCCACCCAUUGUUAAUGUUCUGCAACUAAACCCCUCCUAGUUCGACAUCCACGGAUCCUCCGUGGUAAAGAAUUUCUCUUUUAGACUCGUUUUCAGUACCAGUGAGAUAAUAUGGCUUACGCAUCAUUCAAACCCAUCUCACUUCCUCCAUCAACCAAUACAUUCAAUCCAAUCCCUCGUUCCCAAACCCUUCUUAGAUGUUGUAAUAAUACUAAAACCCUAAAAAUCACAUCCGAACCCAAACCAGUCUUCGAUUCUUUAAGAACUUUUGCACCAGCCACAGUAGCAAAUUUAGGUCCAGGGUUUGAUUUUCUUGGUUGUGCUGUUGACGGAAUUGGUGAUUAUGUUACUCUAUCAAUUGAUUCAAAUGUACAACCAGGUGAAAUUCAGAUAUCAUCUAUUAAUGGUUGUUCAAAAUUGAGUAAAAACCCAUUGUGGAAUUGUGCUGGAAUUGCAGCAAUUUCAGUCAUGAAGAUGCUAGGGAUUAAAUCUGUGGGUCUUUCUUUAUCUCUUGAAAAGGGAUUGCCUUUAGGUAGUGGUCUUGGUUCAAGUGCUGCUAGUGCCGCUGCUGCUGCAGUUGCAGUUAAUGAAAUUUUUGGGGGGAAGUUGGAUUUUUCUGAUCUUGUUUUAGCUGGGCUUGAUUCAGAAGCUAAAAUAUCUGGUUAUCAUGCUGAUAACAUAGCACCAGCAAUAAUGGGUGGAUUUGUUUUGGUUCAGAAUUACAAUCCGCUGAAUCUAGUUAAACUGCCAUUUCCCAGUGACAAAGAUUUGUUUUUUGUGCUUGUUAAUCCAGAAUUUGAAGCUCCGACGAAGAAAAUGAGGGCAGUAUUGCCUGCUCAUAUUACAUUGGAGGAUCAUACCUGGAAUUCGAGUCAAGCUGGCGCAUUGGUAGCUGGAAUUAUUCAAGGGAAUUUGGAGAUGUUGGGUUUAGCAUUAUCGUCUGAUAAGAUUGUUGAACCCAACCGAGCACCAUUGAUUCCUGGUAUGGUUGCUGUGAAGAAAGCAGCUAUUGAUGCUGGUGCUUUUGGGUGUACUAUUAGCGGGGCAGGACCGACUGCGGUUGCGAUAACGGAUAAUGCAGAAAGCGGAGUGGAAAUUGGAGUGAAAAUGGUGGAAGCCUUUAUGAAACAAGGGAAUUUGAAGGCUUCAGCUGUGGUCAGUAGUCUUGAUAGAGUUGGUGCUAGGGUUGUUAGUAGUAUCACUAGAUGAUGGGUUUGAACAAUUUUGUAAUUGUGAUCAAUUUUUUGAAUAUUUGCAGCAUUUUGCUAGCUAAUUGGUAUUUCACUAUUGAGACUAGGGUUUUAAUUUAUGUUCUUAGUGUAGUUCAGGUUUAUUGUCUCAUUGAAUUUAGAGCAAUGUUAACCCUGUCUGGUACAGCUUUUGUGUGUUUUUGUUAUAAUAAAAAGCAUCUACAAAUUGAACUAACAUUUCAACAGAUCAAAAUCUUCAAGUGUUUGCUAUGCCUUAAUUGUUGACAACUGCUUUCGUUGUCGACUUUUACCGGAGCUGUUCAAACUGUUCUUAUGAUCUAUGCCUUAAUUGUUGUCGGGAGAUCCGUGGCGCUUGUGCAUAUAAAAGUGAGGAAGUAAUUAUGGAUUAUAUUGACUGAUUUUGAAGCUUUAUCUACAUGGUGGAGUGCCUUCGCCCGGUGUGGAGGAUGUUCGAGGGUCUUAAAGGUUAAAACGUGGUUCUGAAGCCAUUGCAGAAUCAUGUGAAACUAAAACCCAAGUGGAAACUAGAAAGCGAGGAGUAGUGGCAGUAUUCCUUGCUCAUCUGAAGAAGUGGAUGCGUGCGGUACUGCUCAUCUAGAGCUGAAGUGCCUUCUUCUAGAAACUUGGGUUUCAGAGUUGAAGCCAAGAGCUGAAGACAUAGCAGUAAAAGCUGGGAUAUGCUUGCAACUCAUACACCGCGGUACUCCUGUUUCAACUCUUUCGGCAAUAUUGACUUGGAAAGAACACUAUAAGGAGUUCAGCUUAUCGUGAGGAUUAUGAUGACAGUUAUCUAUAUUGUCUAAAAGCUAUAGAAAUUCAGCACGGGACAUUCAACACUUUAAGAAACACUGGAUCAAGGGUGAACCAGUAAUUGUGCGGAACACUGGACUUUAUAGCUGUUUUGAGAUGGGAGCUAAUGGUUAUUGGCGUGCCUUCAGCAAGAGAAAUCCUAACUCCGGAGGCCAUUGAUUGCCUGGAUUGGCGUGAGGUAGAGAUAAAUAUACACCAACUUUUCAAAGGCUGUUCAGAAGGUCGAAGUUACUUCAUCUCAUGGCCUGAGAUGCUCAAACUGAGGGACUGGCCGCCAUCUAUUUUAUUUGAGGAACCUUUGCCACUCCAUGGUGCUGAAUUCAUUAGUUCCUUGGGUAUCAGGGGUAUACCAAUCCGAAAAAUGGAUUCCUUACUCUAGCUACAAAAUUGGCAGAGGGAGCUGUGAAGCCAGACUUGGGGCCAAAGGCAUAUAUUGUGUAUGGGAGAUUGGGAAUAGCAAAGAACUUCACUGUGACGUACUGGAUGCGAAGCUUUGUGCACAGGGAUCAAGAUGAAAUAGAAUGAAUUCUCUCAAGCAAAGUAAGGUUGAUGUUAAGCACUUGUCGCCAGAUGGCAAGAAAAAUCAGUUUCCUUCUCGAAGUUAGUCAACUUGAAAUAUACCCCCGGAGGGUAUUUGUGCAA